AAACUUUUGGUUUAGUUGCUUUCUUGUCGCGCACAUCGAUAAGCGCGUGUUGUUGUACUGUGCUCUCGCUCUCGCUGCCGCUCUCGUGCCUGCUCCCGCUUCCGCUCUCGUUUCUACUCCCUGUGCCCAUUCUUGUGCUUGCUCUCACCCCGCGUGCGCCGAUGUGCAUCAGAAAUUAAAUGAUAGCCAAACAUUCAAGACGUGCGUCUCCCACAAUAAAAUUAAAUAUCGCCCGGAAAAUCCCCUCGUGUCAUAUUGGAGGAGACGCUAGAUUGUGAAAUCGAUGCAGCUGCAUAAAAGCACAUGCAUCAGACAGACUGGGCUUCAUUUUGGGCAAGAUCAAGCCAGGGCCAACAGCUCCUUUACCUUGUUGCUCUUGCAACGUUCCAAUAAAACACCAAAAACAAAACGCGAACCAAAGUGAAGUGAAAAGCAAAGCGACUAAUUAAAGUGCCUCUCUUGGGUCUGGUAUCUGUUUCGACGACAACGUGAAAAGGAAACAAACAAAGCGGAAUAAGCAACACAUCGAAAAAGGCGGUUGAAAACGUUUAUAAACAACAACAACAACAACAUUAAAAACUACAACUACAAAGUUGAAGACAACGACACAAACAGACAGCUUCGACACCAACUACAAUAAUAAUAAUAAUAAUAAAAAACAACAUAAUAAUAUAAAAGCCAUCACACAAACAACAAUAAAGAAAACAACGACAAAUAAAGCGCGGUAAUAAUUUUAGUCGUGCCAGUUUGUUUAUUAAAUAUACUAUAUAAACCAAACACACACAUACAAGCAAACACAAGCCGGUCAGGUGAAUCGAUAGACUAAAUCGACUACUAGUUACCCUGUAAAUAUUCAUUCGGCAACCUACAAAAAUACCCCUGGCCAUUAUAAUGCCUCCCUUUUGGUGGAAACUACUCAAAAUAAUGUUACUGCUCUUCGCACUCUUCACAACGAUAGUUUGUAUCAAUAGCGAAAUGUCAAAGCGACGCGAGGCAGAGGCCGAGGCAGAGGCAGAGGCAAAUUCAGUGGCAACGAGGUCAGCAACUGCGGCAACAAACAACUCCAUUGAUCUGACGCCCUUUCUGUCCGACAACCUGUUGAAUAUAAUGCGUAACAGAUCACAGCAGCAGCAACCGCAGCCGCGGGAUGAGUCACGAUCACAUGCGGAAGAGGAGGAGCAGCAGCAGACAGGCGAGGUGGAGUUGCCUGCCGAGGAUAUCGAGCAGCGUGUUCGUUCCAUAUUCAAGGUGCACGAUGGCGAUGGUGUAAUGAUUUUCAAUACGACAACAACGGACGAUGCACCUUUCAUGCCAUCCAUAUCCACCACCAUGCUUGGUGAUCAGCCAGCAUCAUCCGAUACUUGGCCAUACUCGCAAUCAGAAUCAGAAUCAGAAACUGAGUCUCAGGCAGAGACAAAUGCCAAGCCCAAGCACUAUCAUCAAUAUCAAAGCUUGAACCAUCAGCAGCAAUCGUUCAAAGUGCAGAGAUCACCGGAUGGCAAGCUGAAUCUUGUCUUUAACGAUCCACUCGUGUCUUUGCAGUCCACAACCCAACAACAGCACCAUCAACAGCCCUCAACUACGCAUCAUCAGCAGCAGCAGCCGUUCAAUCCUCAAUUGCAGCGACCAACACCACGUCGUCCCAUUUCGGACAUUAUCGUGUUUCCCGACUCUAUAGAUAAGUAUCGGACAACUACGCCACCGCCACCGCCAUCGAUCGAUACGGGCGAUCAUCAGUGCGUCGAUGGCUUCAAUCAGAGCCGUUCCUUCUGCACCAAGGUCCACAACUAUCCCGACUUGUCUGGACUGAAAGGUGUUUUGGCAAAUCGAUUUGCCAACUUCUUCAGCGAUGAGCCGCAGCCCACGGAUGUGGGUCUCCGCAUCAACGAUGACGAGCAGUAUCUGUGCAACAGUCAUGUGAGAUACUUGUAUCCCAAACUGGGUCAGCGCUUGGAUCUCUCCUGGCAGAUAAUCGUGAAUACAGAUGACUUCAAGCAGGGCAUACUCAUUGAAGAGUGCGAUCACGAGGGCGAGAGCUGUCAAUUCCUGGACAGCUUUCCUAACAACUAUGUGCCAGUCUGUAAACAACAUUACGUGAUACGCCAUUUGGCCACGGUCAACAAUGCCAGCAACGGGCAACCUGAGGUGGCCAACGAACCCUUCAAGAUUCCUUCGUGCUGCAAGUGCGUGAUAAAGAGCAAAUUCUCAGGGGACAGCAGCCCUUGAGAUUUGAUGCAACAAGAACUCCGCCAAUUUCUGCACAUGUGAUUUGAGCAACAAGUUCUACCCACCACAGAAUGGCAGGCCAAACUGUCUAGGGGGAUAUUGUUUAAUAAAUUGUAGACUAGUUGUUUUAUAUGCACAUAAAACAUAUCUUAAAAAUUACAUACUUAUCUAUACUUAUAUCUAAUAAUAUAAUGCUGAUAAUACUUAAUUGCAAAUCGCAAAUCGCAAAAAAAAAAACAAACAA